AUGGCAUUACUAGCACCAAGCAUCAUGUCGACCACCACUUGUCUCCAGAUCAAUGAGCUGCCUUCCGAGCCCACGUUUCAUCGGUACAUUAUUUCAGAGGAUAGGCCUAUAACUCCGAAAGUCUCCAAAGAGGAAGAACAGCCACCUGCUCAGUUGUCAAAGGCGAGGCAGCGCGCCCUCCUUCUGAACGCAGCUCGCGAGAAAUAUACUUUGGUCAGCGACCAUAGCAUCCCUUCAAUAGUCCACAAGGGAGAGAUUCUUGUCAAAGUCUUAGCGAUCGGCUUAAACCCCGUCGACUGGAAAGGGCCUGCGUUCAACUUUGGUCUCCCAAGCCUGCCUUGGAUUAAUGGCCGUGACUUGGCUGGCCUUGUGCUCCAAGUACCAGAUGAAUCGUCUCGAGUGCGUGUAGGAGAUAUUGUUCUGGUACCAUCAACCGAUUACCGCGAUAUUCGGAAAGCCGCCUUCCAAGAAUACGCUAUUGCGACCGACUAUAAUGCUGCUCGGAUUCCUUCAUCAGCAGAUGUACACGCUUCGGCGUCGCUGGGGGUUGCCUUUGUUGCUGCUGUCUUAGCGUUAGGCGUCUCAUUCGGGCUCGACUUCUCCCGUCUGUCGAAUACACCCGGGCCCAACCUUGUCCAGAUCAUCAGGCAAUUAGAUCCCAAAGAAGUACCCGAAGAUAUCAGACCAGAAUGCUUUUCUGGGUCUAAUAGGGACGACAGACCAAAGCGUGGGGACUGGGUCGCUAUUUGGGGAGCGUCUACCACUACUGGACUGAUCGCGUUGCAGUUGGCAAAGCUGGCUGAGCUGCGAGUCAUUUGCAUCGCAGAUGCAGCACGGCACGGCGCCAAGCUCUCCCGAGCUGGGGCAGAUGUACUGGUUGACCGCUACGACACCAACCGUGCGGUAGAAGUGAUCCGUGGCAUCACGGAUGGCAAGUUAAGAUAUGCAAUUGACACAGUGGGCAGCGAUACCGCGACGAUCCUGCAACGAACAUUAGAUAGCACUCACACCCCCCAUCUAUUGGGCCUGUCGGGGCUACCCAAGGAGAGAGAGCCCGGGAUUCAAUAUCACACUGUGCCCAUUAAGCUCUUCCAUACUGCCCCCGCAGUCGGGGAGAGCAUGGUUUGCUGGCUGGAGAAGCUCCUUCAAGAAGGCACGCUGGCUCUCCCAGAGAUUGUUCAUGCUGAGGGUGGCCUCGACGGAAUCAACGCCGCCUUGGAUGUUCUCCGAAGUGGUUCAGUGUCGGGUAAGCGGAUUGUGGUUGAUCUCGGCGCUCGCACAUGA